AUGUCAGCAGAUGGCUCUUCCACCGGGGGCUCAUUCGAUGAUACCCGAUCCUACACAAGAACGUUAACAGAGAGCGCAGAUUAUCUCACAAAAUUGUCGACCGCGUUAACAAUUCAGAAAAUCACCAAUAAUCUUAUGAUGUCCAACGCUACUUCGGAUGUGGAUAGACAAACUAGGGAGAUCUCAAUGAAACCGUUCCAUAAUGCGUUGAAUGCAUAUAUGACCCAGAUUGGGACAGACAACGAAAGGGAUCGACUAGCAGAUAUGACGAAUGCGCUCGCUAGACUCGAAGCAGAGUUUGGCGGGAGAUCAAACGCAUGA